UACAACGAGAGCAGCCUGCAGGUUGCGAUGGAUUACGUCAGCGACAACGACACGUUGCCCGAGUACCCUCUGCACCUCUUCCCCGCGCCUCUCCUCACCAGCGUCACUGUCACCUGCGUGCUUCUUUUUGUGGUCGGGAUCCUGGGCAACGUGAUGACGAUGCUGGUGGUCUCGAGGUUCCGGGACAUGCGGACCACCACCAACCUGUACCUGUCGAGCAUGGCUUUCUCGGACCUCCUGAUCUUUCUCUGCAUGCCCCUGGACCUCUUCCGCCUCUGGCAGUACCGGCCCUGGAACCUCGGCGACCUCCUGUGCAAGCUCUUCCAGUUUGUCAGCGAGAGCUGCACUUACUCCACCAUCCUCAACAUCACGGCUCUGAGCGUGGAGAGGUAUUUGGCCGUCUGCUUCCCGCUGUGGGCAAAGGUGGUCGUAACCAAGGGCAAAGUCAAGCUGGUCAUCCUGGUGCUCUGGGCCGUAUCCUUCGCCAGCGCUGGGCCCAUCUUUGUCUUGGUCGGGGUCGAGCACGAGAACGGGACCAACCCGUCGGACACCAACGAGUGCCGGGCCACUGAGUACGCGAUCCAGUCGGGGCUGCUGACCAUCAUGGUGUGGACCUCGAGUGUCUUCUUCUUCCUGCCCGUAUUCUGCCUGACCGUCCUCUACAGCCUCAUCGUGAGGAAGCUCUGGAGGAGGAAGAGGAAGGACAUCGGGCCCAAGACAUCCAUCCGGGACAAGUACAACAGGCAGACAGUGAAAAUGCUCGGACGUUACCUGUUUUCCAAAUCCUUUGAGGACGGAUCCCUGGAAAUAGCUGUCAUCAGCCAAUAUUGCAACUUGGUGUCGUUUGUCCUUUUCUACCUAAGUGCCGCCAUCAACCCAAUCCUGUACAACAUCAUGUCCAAGAAAUACCGGAAGGCGGCUUACAGGCUCUUCGGCAUCAAGACACACAGGAAGAAAAGGCUGUUGGGGUUGAAGGAGGCAGGAUCUCCAGUGUGGGCAGAGUCCAGUGUCAGACAAACAUGACGCCGCGGAUUGGACCUAGCCGU